AAGAUGCAUAUAUGAAAUGUCAACGUGAUAUCAAUCUUCCAUCUUGUUUUUGUUUAUUUUGUUAAAGUGUUUUCAGUAAAAUUUUGGAUAUUUUUCUAUCCCCAAUCAAGUGUGGCUUUUAGAUAAACUCUAAUAUAAUGAAAUUAUUACUUUAUACGGCUUAAAUUAAGAAAAAAAUCAAUUGAAUAUAUAAACUUUCGUUUUUCUGAAAACGGUGAGACCGCCAAAAAAAGUUCAGAUACGGUGCAUACACAUUUUUGUAAAAAUCGGACGAUUUCCAGUUUUUCUAAUAAUUACCAAUGAAGCAACAAGAGGUGAAAGUGAAGAGCAAAAAUGACCCUAAUAUGAUUGGGGAAUCUGGUGAUGAAGUGGACGAAACUUCAAGUAUAGGCAGUGCAUCUACUACAGAUAAUACUUCCAGAAGUGCAACACCAACCAAUAGAACAAGAAAAGGACGAGCUAAUAAAAAAAGAUUUAGUAACACGCCAAAGGUUUUGAAACCAAUUUAUAAAUAUGUAUGUAGCAUUAAAGAAGACCAUGGACAGCCUUUAUUUGGUGUCCAGUUUAAUCAUCAUUUAAAAGAAGAACAGCCGAUGAUAUUUGCUGCUGUUGGUAGUAAUAGAGUUACUAUUUAUGAAUGCCCAGAAGAUGGUGGGAUCAAAUUAUUACAGUGUUAUGCUGAUCCAGAUCUAGAUGAAAUUUUUUAUACAUGUGCUUGGUCAUAUGAAGAGGACUUAGGUAAACCACUGCUAGCUGUUGCUGGCUCAAGAGGUGUAAUACGGAUAUUAAAUCCAACAACAAUGAGCUCCCUAAAACAUUAUAUAGGACAUAGUCAUGCUGUAAACGAAUUAAAAUUUCAUCCAAAGGAUCCAAAUUUGCUACUGUCUGUAUCAAAGGAUCAUUCUUUACGAUUAUGGAAUACCAGAAGUGAUGUCUGUAUUGCAAUAUUUGGUGGUGUCGAAGGGCACAGAGACGAAGUUUUAAGUGCUGAUUUUGACUUAUUGGGCAGUAGAGUGAUGUCAUGUGGAAUGGAUCACUCUUUGAAGUUAUGGGAGUUGGACAAAGAUUAUAUGAAACAAGCCAUAAGGCAGUCUUAUAACUGGAACUCCAAUCGAAGUUCAAGACCGUUUGAUACCCUUAAAGAACACUUUCCAUAUUUUUCUACAAGAGAUAUUCAUAGAAAUUAUGUUGACUGUGUAAAAUGGUUUGGCAAUUUCUUAUUGAGUAAAUCUUGUGAAAAUUUUAUAAUUUGCUGGAAACCUGGUAGAUUAGAAGAUGAACAUCUAAGACAGGGCGAUACUACAUCAACAAUUAUACACAAAUUUGAGUAUAAAGAAUGCGAAAUUUGGUUCGUAAGAUUUGCCAUGGAUUUUUGGCAAAAGAUUUUAGCUCUGGGUAACCAAAAUGGUAAAGUCUUUGUAUGGGAUCUGGAUGUAUCGGAUCCAGCUGAAGCUAAAUGUUAUACAUUACAGCAUCCACGAUGUACUACUGCCAUUAGACAAACAACACUAAGCCGAAAUGCAAAUAUACUAUUGUAUGUUUGCGAUGAUGGUACUGUAUGGAGAUGGGAUAAAAUAGUCUAAAUUAUAAGUGUUCAUUAAGGGUAUCAAACCCUUAAAAAAACACCUUAUUAAGGGCAUCAAACCCUUAAGGAACAUUUUCUUCAAGAGAUAUUCAUAUAUUCAUAGAAAUUGCAAUAAUUAUGUUACAGUUUUUUCCUAUCAUAUUGUCAUUUAAUGAAAUUGUUUGAUUGUGUUAAAUGGUUUGGCGAUUUCUUAUUGAGUAAAUCUUGUAAAAAUUGUAUUAUUUGCUGGAAACUUCGUAAAUUAGAAGAUGAUCAUCUAAAAAAAGGGUGAAACUACAUCAAUGACUAUACAGAAAUUUGCGUAUAAGGAAUGUGAAAUUUACCUCGGAUUAAUGGCAAAAGAUUUUAGAUUUGAAUAAACAAACUGGUAUUUUUUGUAUGGGAUCUGGAUGUCUUAGAUUUGGUUAUACAUUACAGCUGCUACAGUUUGUGUUAUUGCCACAAGCCUAACAUGUGAAUGUACUAUUGUAUGGUGGUACUGUAUACAUAUAGAUAGGAUAAAGUAGUCUGAAUAAUAUUAUUUUGCGUACUAUGUAUGCUUUUUCUAUUUAAGAAUAAAACCAACAAUUAUUUGUUAUAUUUA